CACAUAAACAGUGGAAUGUUAAUUAUAAAAGUAACAAUAAGGAUAUUGUUUGUUAUACGGACGUCCUUUAUCUUGCUUGGGUUAAUCAAGCCUGGUUACGGACAAUUAUUUACAUAAGAUCAAUGAUGUCAUCAAUUUAGACAUAUUUCCUUCAUUAUUUUGUUUUUAAAGCGAUAGCUUGAAUGCUGUGAAUCAUCGCAAUACGUACAGAGUAUUAUUAUUGUAACCGUGGCACCGCACCGCGAGAGUGCCAUCGCCACUCCGGCCACACCACACCACCCCCGGCUCGCACGCCCGCACACAACUUCUGUUUGCUCGCCUCAGUCGCAUUUUGACGUCGCUACACAGUGCACGGACCGUCGCCUUUCUUUCUCCACAUUAAUAAAACACUUGAUUUAUAAAAAAUGGCGUGCUCAGUAGAUGCCCCCUCCCUCAAGGACCUACCCAAGGUAGCCACGGACCUGAAGAGUCAGUUGGAAGGUUUCAACCAGAGCUGCCUGCGUGACGUAGACACAAAUGAGAAGAUCGUGCUGCCAUCUGCCGAAGACGUAGCGCAAGAAAAGCAACACAACGCGCUACUUCAAGGCGUAGAACAAUUUCAGCCAUCCUCCCUCAGGAAAACGGAGACCGUGGAAAAAAUUGUGCUUCCGAACGCACUAGAUGUUGCCACUGAAAAAACUCAAAAAUCCCUGUUCGAUGGCAUUGAAAAGUUUGAUGCUACCAGGUUGAAGCACACAGAAACACAGGAAAAGAACCCUCUUCCCGACAAAGAUGCUAUCGAGGCGGAGAAGGAGAAGAACAAGUUCUUGAACGGCAUCGAGAACUUCGACCCUACCAAGCUGAAGCACACCGAGACGUGCGAGAAGAACCCUCUCCCCACCAAGGACGUCAUCGAACAGGAGAAGACAGCCUGAACCUCCUCAUAAAAUAACCACUUGCAACUAUAUCUCGCUAGUAUCGCCCGUAUUUUAAACUCGGUAUAAGUCAUAGGCCCGUUUGCGCUGUCCGUUUUAACAAGUCUUUAUUUUAUCUAAUGACACGACGACAUAAGGUUCUAUUUGACUUAGAAUGGACUUUGUAAACUGGUCCUUAUCAUUAGUAUAUAGGAACCAAAUUUUCUAUGUCACUUUUUAACGGUAUAUGUAUAUUUAAUAAGCGUAUUUUACGAGCAUUUUAUAAUUUAAUUUAUAUUGAAAGGAGUAUUAUGUAUGAAUGUCUAGUACUGAUUUAUUUAAGUUGGGAACACACUGCACUCCGAGUAACACUUACUAUUGUUUAAUUCAGUUUCAUUCUGUGCUUGUGUUCUCCCCUAGGUUGAGUGCUCAUGGGAAUUAUGCAUCUGCGCGUGUGUGAUGCUCUGGUCAAUAAAUUAGGAGUGUAGUUACCAAAUCUCAUUUGGGUCUAAAUUUUUUAAACAUAAUUUUCUGCGUUGAUAUGG